GAGAUAUCACAAGCAAACAAGAGAAGAGAAUUUACUGUUAUUUCUCUCUCUCUAUAGAUGGAACUUAAGAGCGUUACUUGUUUGGUUCUUUCUUUGAUUUUGCUUAAUUUGUGUGUGGAAUGUGUUUUGGGGGAUGGCUCUGUGGUGAGGCCUACAGGGUUUAGAGACGAUGAUUGUAGGUGGGGCCGGAGGUGUGGUGGACGUGGCCGGUUUGGACGCGGUGGUGGUGGAGGGUUUGGCGGUGGGGGAGGAAGAGGUGGAGGUGGUGGUAUAGGCGGCGGUGGUGGACAAGGUGGAGGUUUUGGAGCCGGAGGCGGAGUUGGUGGCGGAGCCGGAGGAGGACUUGGCGGUGGAGGCGGAGCUGGUGGUGGCGGAGGAGGAGGUAUUGGGGGUGGCUCCGGUCACGGUGGUGGGUUUGGAGCCGGGGGAGGAGUUGGUGGUGGUGCCGGUGGAGGAAUUGGUGGUGGAGGCGGAGCUGGUGGUGGCGGAGGAGGAGGUAUUGGCGGUGGUUCAGGUCAUGGUGGUGGGUUUGGAGCCGGAGGAGGCGUAGGCGGUGGUGCUGGUGGAGGAAUCGGUGGAGGAGGCGGAGCUGGUGGUGGUGGAGGCGGAGGUGUUGGCGGUGGUUCAGGUCAUGGUGGUGGAUUUGGAGCUGGUGGAGGUGUAGGUGGUGGUGCUGGUGGAGGAAUUGGUGGUGGUGGUGGAGCCGGUGGAGGUGGUGGUGUUGGUGGAGGAUCCGGACAUGGUGGAGGUUUUGGAGCCGGAGGAGGGAUUGGUGGUGGGGCUGGCGGAGGAGUUGGUGGUGGAGGUGGAGGUGGGGGUGGAGGUGGAGGAGGCGGCGGUGUUGGUGGUGGAUCCGGCCACGGUAGUGGUUUUGGGGCUGGAGGUGGAGUAGGAGGUGGUGUAGGAGGAGGUGCUGGUGGAGGCGGUGGAGGAGGUGGAGGUGGCGGUGGAGGAGGUGGUGUGGGCGGUGGAUCCGGACAUGGUGGCGGAUUUGGUGCUGGAGGAGGAGUUGGUGGUGGUGCCGGAGGUGGACUUGGCGGUGGUGGUGGUGCCGGAGGGGGAGGUGGCCUUGGAGGAGGCUUGGGACACGGUGGUGGUGUUGGUGGAGGUCAUGGAGGAGGAGUCGGCAUUGGGAUUGGAAUAGGAAUAGGUGUUGGGGUUGGUGGAGGCUCUGGUCAAGGUUCCGGCAGCGGAAGCGGUAGCGGUGGCGGUGGCGGUCGUCAUUAAUCAAAGCUCUUAUUACCAAUCUUACGUUUGAGUGUCCUUGACAGUACUACUUCUUGUCAUUCUAUUUCUCUUGUAUUGUUUUGAAACCAAAAAGAAAAAAAAUGUAUGAUACAUUAAUUUCAAGAUGUGUUUUCUUCUAUUUUUGUGUAAGAAUGUUUUCAAAAAAUCCAAUAAUAAAAAUAUUGAAAUACG